AGCUUUCAAUCAUUUCAUCUACAAAUGCUGCGUUUGCAUCUCAUCUGAGUUGAAGUCGAAGACUUGAAGGUUUGGAUUGGGUCUCAAACAAAUGAUAAUGGGUUGAUCUGUGAAUGGGCAUGGCUCUCUUGCGUCGAGUGAUUCCGUCUUUAAUUUCUAUAUCCACCAACAAUCCCACCCGUACCAUACAUCUUCACGUUCCUCAAUUAACAUUGGGUGAAACAAAUAGCAAUUCUAAAGUCAACAUGUUAUGUGAUUCAUUGAGAAGAGGCUUGAAUUGGGAUGCAUUGAAUCAAAGAUUUGGCUCACUUGAGUUGACUGAAUCAUUUGUUGGUAGGGUUUUGCUAGAAUUGAAGAAACCGAUAGAUGCAAAACAGGCUUUGGGGUUUUUUCACUGGUCAGCUCAGUGCAAGAAUUUGGAACAUGGGCUUGCCUCUUAUUGCAUCACGAUCCAUAUUCUUGUUGGAGCCCAACUGCUCAUGGAUGCUCAAUCUUUGCUUGAAUCAACACUUAAAAAGAAUGCAGGGUCAAGAUUUUUGGUGGUGGAUUCGUUACUCAGUAGUUAUAAUAUUACUGGGUCCAACCCACGUGUGUUUGAUUUAUUGGUACAGUCUUAUUCUAAGUUGAGGAUGUUUGAGAUUUGUUUUGAUGUUUGUUGUUAUUUGGAGGAGCAUGGCUUUUCUUUAAGUCUCAUCAGUUUCAACACUUUGUUGCAUGUUGUUCAAAAAUCUGAUAACUACCCUCUGGUUUGGAAGAUCUAUGAGCAUAUGAUCCGAGUGAGAAAAUACCCAAAUGAAGUGUCAGUUAGUGUGAUGAUUAGUGCAUUGUGCAAAGAAGGGGCAUUGCAAAAAUUUGUGGACAUGCUAGAUAGAAUCCAUGGGAAGAGAUGCUCCCCAAUAGUGAUUGUUAAUACCUGUAUGAUUUUUAGGAUGUUGGAGGAGGGAAGAGUUGAACAAGGAAUGUUGAUAUUGAAGAGAUUGUUGCAGAAGAAUAUGAUUCUUGAUACAAUCUCUUAUUCUUUGAUUGCUUAUGCUAAAGUUAAGUAUGGAACCUUAGACUCUGCAUGGGAGGUAUAUGAAGAAAUGCUGAAUAGAGGAUUUCAUCCAAAUGCUUUUGUAUAUACUUUGUUCAUAGGAUCUCAUUGUGUAGAGGGGAGGAUUGAAGAAGCAAAUGAAUUGAUGCAAGAUAUGGAAAAUGCAGGUCUGAUGCCGUAUGAUGAAACAUUUAAUCUUCUCAUUGCAGGAUGCUCCAAAGCAGGAAGAUUGGAAGAAGGCCUAAGAUUAUGUGAGAGGAUGAUGCAGAGGGGACUUGUUCCUAGUUGUUGGGCCUUCAAUCUGAUGGCUGGAAAGCUUUGUGAGUCUGGGGUUGUGAAGAGGGCUGAUGAGAUGUUAACUCUUUUGCUAGAUAAAGGAUUUGUACCUGAUGAGAUCACAUAUUCUAAUCUCAUUGCUAGUUAUGGAAAACUAGGUGAGAUUCAACAAGUUCUCAAACUGUAUUAUGAAAUGGAAUACAGGUCAUUGUCUCCUGGAUUAUUGGCUUUUGAAUCAUUAAUCAGAAGUCUAUGCCAAUGUCGGAAGUUAGAGAAAGCAGAGAAGUAUCUGAGAAUAAUGAAAGAUCGGUCCAUUGCUAUAAGCACCUGUGUUUAUGAAACAUUGAUCAGCAGCUACUUUGAGAAGGGAGAUGAAUUGAGGGCUUCACAACUUCACAAUGAAAUGGUUUCUAGAGGAUUGAAGCCUAGCUGCUCCUAUAUGGUUCAUCCAUAAAAAUGUCCUGAUUCACAGUUGACAAUGGUGCAACAUCUACAACACCUGAAAAAGGAAAGAGCUAAUGUAAGUACAAGGGGCGUGGCAACUGUCAACCCAGAAAAUAUCCCACCCUGUCCCCAAUAUACUUGCAUUUACUAAUUUACUUUUGUAUUAUAUAGAAUUAUGAAUUUUCAUUAUAUGAAGUUCCUAUUUUCCUAUAUUCAACCAAACUUUUUUGAUCA